AUGGUAAAAUUACUGUCACUUCUAUCAUUUGCGCUACUUCCAUUUGUCCUUGCGCAAGAUUACUAUGCAAUCUUAGGAGUUGACAAGCAGGCCAGUGAGAAGGAAAUUAAGUCCGCAUACAGACAACUUUCAAAGAAGUUCCACCCAGAUAAGAAUCCUGGCAAUGAAGAAGCACAUCACAAGUUUAUUGAAGUGGGAGAAGCAUACGAUGUUUUAAGUGAUCCCGAAAAGAGACAAAUAUAUGAUAGACAUGGAGCGGAGGCAUUGAAGAAUGGUCGUGGAGGCAAUGGCGGCGGCGGGCCAGGAUUCCACGAUCCAUUCGAUAUGUUUGAGCAGAUGUUUGGAGGCGGCAUGUUCAACAGAGGCCAGCGCGGUAAGCCUCGUGGCCAGAAUUUACAGGUCAAUCAUGAGGUCACUCUAAAAGAUUUUUAUGUGGGAAAAGAGUUUGAAUUCUCUUUGAAUUUGAAUGACGUAUGCGAUGUGUGUAAAGGUUCAGGGUCUAAGGAUGGCAAAACAAAUACAUGCUCUGAUUGUGGUGGUUCAGGGUUCUUGGUGAAUGUGUUUAGGGCUGGCCCAAUCGAACAAAGGGUGAGACAACAAUGCCAAAAAUGUCAAGGUAAGGGUCAGAUCAUCAAGCACGUAUGCAAGAAAUGCCACGGAUCUAAAGUGGUUCAAACUUCCAAGGUGUUCACCGCUACUGUCGAACCAGGUAUGGAGCGCAACUACGUCCAUGUACUUCACGGAGAGGCAGAAAAACAUCCUGAUGUGCAACCGGGCGACCUCUACCAAUUAUUCAGCGAAUCAGAAAAGGGAACAAUGGGAUACAGAAGACGCGGAGACAAGCUAUACAGAACUGAAAUUCUAUCCUUUAAGGAGGCACUACAAGGUGGAUGGGAGAGAAAGCUCGAAUUUCUAGACAGCACUAAGCAGGUCGAACUGUCUAGACCUGCAGGUCGUACCGUUCAAAAUGGUGAAACGGAAGUCAUCAAGAACUUCGGUAUGCCUAUUCAUGAUAGACCAGGAAGCUACGGCGACUUGAUAAUCGAAUACAUAGUUCUACUUCCCGGAGAAUGGAAGGCUUCGUCAAGUAACAUAAUUGACGAGUUGUAG